UCAUCCAUUUCAUCUUCUUGCGUCUAUGGUCUCCGGUUUCCAACGAGCAGCUUACAGGAGCAAAAUCUUGCCACAUUACCAUUCCAAUCUUCCCCUUUUCGAUCUCGUCGCGCGCUAUUUGAUGACUUCAAUAUCGCAGCUCGCAAAGAGAAGCUCGCUCAAGGUACUUGACGCUGUGACUCGCUAGGCUUCUCAUGGUGGUUUAGUUUGUGACUUCUGAUGCUGAAUAACAAGAUCUGAAGGCUUGCUCUUUAUUGUUAAAAAUGUUGGACGGUGGUGCAAAAUUCCCUGGCAUAAUAGACCUAAACAAACAUAAUAAUAACUAUUAUGAUUUUUCUCAAGGUUUUUACCAUAAGCUAGGGGAUGGUACCGAUAUGUCAAUUGAUAGCAUUGGAAGCUUGCAAACAAGCAAUGGUGGGGAAUCUGUUGCGAUGUCUAUUGAUAAUAGCAGUGUUGGGUCCAAUGAUUCCCAUACUCGUAUUUUAAACCACCAAGGGCUGCGGAGGCGUGCCAAUGAUAAUUACUCUAUUGCACAUAGUGUCAAUCAUAGAGGAAGAGUCACACAUGCUCUGAGUGAUGAUGCCUUGGCCCAAGCUCUAAUGGACAGCAGCUCCCCAACUGAGGGCCUUGACAAUUUUGAUGAGUGGACAAUUGAUUUGAGGAACCUCAAUAUGGGUGAGCCUUUUGCACAAGGGGCUUUUGGGAAGCUCUACAGAGGGACUUACAACAAUGAAGAUGUUGCCAUCAAAAUUUUGGAGAGGCCUGAAAAUAAUCCAGUGAAGGCUCAGUCAAUGGAACAGCAGUUUCAGCAAGAGGUCAUGAUGCUGGCUACACUGAAGCAUCCUAACAUUGUUCGUUUCAUUGGUGCUUGCCGUAAGCCCAUGGUAUGGUGCAUUGUAACUGAGUAUGCUAAAGGGGGUUCAGUUAGACAGUUUUUAAUGAAGCGCCACAAUCGAUCAGUUCCCCUCAAAUUAGCUGUCAAACAAGCUUUGGAUGUUGCAAGGGGGAUGGCAUAUGUUCAUGGCCUUGGGUUAAUCCACAGGGACUUGAAGUCUGACAACCUUUUGAUUUUUGGUGACAAAUCAAUCAAAAUUGCUGACUUUGGUGUUGCUCGGAUUGAGGUGCAAACUGAAGGAAUGACCCCAGAGACUGGAACGUACCGUUGGAUGGCUCCGGAGAUGAUCCAGCACAGGCCUUACACACAAAAGGUGGAUGUAUAUAGCUUUGGGAUUGUUCUUUGGGAGCUCAUUACUGGGAUGCUUCCAUUUCAGAACAUGACAGCUGUACAAGCAGCAUUUGCAGUUGUCAACCGAAAUGUUCGUCCAACCAUACCCAAUGACUGCUUACCCAUCCUCCGAGAGAUCAUGACAAGAUGCUGGGAUCCAAACCCUGAUGUUAGGCCACCUUUUACUCAAAUCGUAGCAAUGCUGGAGAAUGCAGAGACAGAGAUUAUGACAACGGUUCGCAAGGCGCGAUUUCGAUGUUGCAUGACUCAGCCCAUGACAGCUGACUGAUGCUGCAAAAAUAAAUGAAAAAAACUAGUCACCAAGAACCACAAUCAACCGAAAAAUUCGAUGGGUCUCGGGAAUCAAAGGGCGACUUAAUAGUAAGCUUUGUGUAUUUGUGUGCUUAUGUUAUUUCCUCAGGAAGAAAAGGGAAAAAUCUUAUUUAAAGACCUUCUGGUUGUUCGGUUACUUAAUACUGAAUGUUUCCAAAUUAGUACGAGGAGAUUUUGUGUAUGUAUACAUGCUUGAGCUGCAAUUAUGUAUAGCGUCUGAAAGGAAGAUGGAAUAUGAUAUCAUGGAUGAAAA